AUGGCUGUUGGUUACUUAUCACAUAGUCUGGAAAAUCUAGGAGACAGUGCACUUGAGCACUAUCUUUUUAAAAUUGCCAAAGCUAGAUAUCUUUCUAAUUACUCGAUAGUUUUUGAAAUUUUAGAAGUACUUAAAGACCUUUUAGAAAAAUCAAAUAAUAAAGAUGAAACAACCAGUCAAGACGAUAAAAAUGCAACACAAGAAAUAAAAAUUUCCAUAAAACUCGUUGAUGAAAUAUGGAAUUUUUAUAUGCCUAGAGAU